UGUGAAAUUAUAUAAUUUGAUAAUAUUUUUAUGGAAAAAAACAUUUAUGUCUAUUGCAAAUUCUCCUCAAUUUAUACAAAAUAUUUUUGACUUAGCUGGCUUUGAGUUUGUUUUUGAAGUACUAGAACUUAAGACUGAGGCACCUUAUAUAUAUACUGUGAUUCGCUUUUUUUUAAUUCCUUGUAUUUUUGUGUUUUUUGGUGAUUUGAUCUUAAUCCAAUUAAUGAGGUUUUGGAGUCAAUAUAUAUUUACUGAACAAUUUGCAGUUAGCUGUUUUCGAGCAUUAAGGACUGCAAUUUGGUCUGAUGGAUCAAUUGAUGUUUCUAAAAUUCAACACUGUAAAUUUGAUGAUUAUAAUUUUAAAGAGUAUUUGGAAACAGAGAUAUAUACUGUUAUAACAGUGUUAUUUAACAAUCAUUUUUUUCGUUUUAAUGAUGAAAUUAUUAAAGCUAAAAUUAAGCAAAUUUGCAGCUUAUUUGAUUCAAAAGCUGCUAAUAAACAUUUUAUAUUUUAUAUAUUUGAUCUUAUAUUGAGUAGUAUAGUAUGUUAAAUAUACAAUAUUACUUAAACUUAUUUAUUUAUAUUGAAUUAUGGUGUUAUUAAUACAUAUUAUAACUUUAUAAAAUUGAUAAAUGUACGUAAGUUAUAAUAUAUAUUAUACUAGUAAAUAUUUGAAAUAAUAAAAAUAUAUAUAUCAUCUUAG